UCAGAUGCUAAAACUUCCCAACUACACUACUUUAAUCAAUGACGUCGAAAAUUUCUACAAAUACAUGGGACGGGAGCGGUCGGGGCUGAAAGGGGACCGAAAGUGAAGAGAGGAUAAUGGCCAAAUUUCGCCCCCGAGAUCUGUCUGGCGACUUGAAAGCGCGCUCUCAACCUGCGGAAACUUGGAAAGUGUCGGGGAGAAAAGUUCCAAAAUGUUCAUUCACUAUCGAGAGUAUUCUGGGGCUUGAGAGGAUCAGCCCCCAUCGCCCGUGGGCUGAUGUGCUUAGCAUUGCAGCUUUUCCGGGGACAUCUUGUCCAAACUCCUCCGAGAGAUCUUGCGAUCUGCCUGUCAUCGUGAAGGAAGACCAGGGGAGCGACCGCGACUUGUGCUGCACGAAGGUGGACGCGCGGGGUGAGGAAGGCUUCUCCUCUCCGCCCAACUGUUGCUGGUUCCGAGGGAGAAGACCUAGGACCGCCUUCAGCAGGAGCCAGAUUGAGGUAUUGGAAGAAGAAUUUAGGCUGAAUUGUUACCCAGGAAUUGACGUUCGUGAAGAACUUGCGCAGAAGUUGGCUUUGGAUGAAGAUCGAAUUCAGAUCUGGUUCCAGAAUCGUCGUGCAAAGCUGAAACGAUCUCAUCGUGAAUCUCAGUUUUUAAUGGUGAAAAAUGCACUAAUAAGUUCAGAUGUCGAAAAGCAGAAAACAGGCACGCAGCUAUGAGAACUUGGUUAGCAAAAAGCCAAGAAUAUCUUAUGUACUUUCUGAUGCUCCUUUUUGCAGCCUGAGACAUGCGGAUCAGGAAAAUGUGUUUGGAUUCUAUUUUUUAAGUUUGUCUUUGCAGGUGAGGCAGCAGGAAAAAGUGCUGAAUUCAGCAUUCCCCAGGCUAUGGAGGGAAAUAAUUAGCAAAAAUAUUGUUUUUGAUUGCAAUUCAUUGAGACCUUCAGGCUUUACUCAUGUGUACUGAAUUAGGCUGUUUUGAUGCUUCCUGACUGAAUAGCUGACCUGUCAUCCAGGCGGUAGCAUCCCACUGUGAAUGUGCUUCAGGGCUGUCAGCAUCAGGUAUUGCACUCAAAGCAAACAAAAUCAAUUUGGUGAUUUCAAGCAGACCUAUAGAGGAGAAAGCAUAUUAGUUGGUCACCUAUUUCCACAGUUUGUGCAAGUUUGCUUUAUGCAGAUUGGCUGUCAUACUUUUGUAUGUUACAGCAAUGAAUUGUGCAAUGGAAGUCUUAUAGUUUCCAAUACCAAGGAAAUCCAGGACCCUCUUAUUCUCAGAGAAUUAUCCCCCUGGCUCCUACAAUAAACCCCAGUAGGAUGACCAUGACAACUUGACAAGUGUCCUUAAGUCUCUUCCAAAUACCUGUAUUUGUUAAAUUUUUCCAAAAAGGCCACACUGAGUGAUGCUGAAUUGUCCUGGAAUCUAACCGAUGUACAAUCAAUGUAUUUCAUUGGUUGCUGAUCCCUUUGGGAUGAUCUGAGAUUUUUGAAGGGUGCUUUAUAAAUGUCAGUCUUUUAACAACUGCUGAUCAAAUUAUAUAAACAUGUUUCUCUGUUCUUCUAAUUCUGGGACCACAUUGCUGAAAUGUUUGCAGACUUCAUAGUUUUGAUAUUUAAAAGUUUAGUCCUUUUAAUCAUGUUUUGGGGGAAGUUGAGGGAUUGGUGAGUAUAUAACUCCAGCAACUGGCAAUGGUGUACUAUACUAUAGGAAUCUGUAUUUUGAAACGAUUACAAACAAUCGCAAAGAUUAAAGUGCAAAAAAAGCUUCCGAAGAGAGAAUCUAACAGCAGUUUUGUGGAAUUAGUUUAAAUUGUAUUUCCUAGAUAAUUUGAGUGCAGUAGAAAAAUCUAAAAUUUUUCAAUGAGAAAUAUGAAGUGUACAGCUACCCAGUCUAAAAUUGGUAAGUGAUAUAAAUGGAUUGGACAAUUUAUUCAGUUUGCAAAACUUUAGCUGGUGUGAAUAGUUUUAUAUUGCAUGUUUAAAAGUUUUUUGGCUUCUGUAAUUGUGUUUGUGUUACCAAGUAUCUGUAAAAAUAUCAGUGUGUUGCAAAUCUUGUAUAUUUAAAAUAAAGAGUAUUAUA